GGGGUCUAGGGCCGUACUCCAGGAAGCUUCUUAAGACUUGGGGCUCCUGAUCGCGCAGCGCAGACAAAAGGAAGAGCGCGACGCGAUCGAUCGGCAAAUCGCCACCAUUGCGCUGACAAUCGCAGCAGCAGCAACAGAACGCGCAGGCGCGUCCACAGCGCAUUUGUCCGGUUGCGCGCCUCUCCUCCCCAGCGCCGCUCCGAUUUCCCGACAGCCGCGAGAAAUCUCGAGCGAUCUCGCGCAGCAGUUCGAUCGGAUAAGGUCUGGUUAGGGUUCUUGAUCGUUUCCUCUGCUUCGUCGUCGUCGUCUAGCUGCUGUAGAUCGAUCGAUCGGUCGGUCAAAAUAUCGCAAAUGCCCGUGUGGUAAGGGGAGGAAGGAAUGGAAUCCAGGCGUGGCUCCGAUCUAGGCAGGGGCGGAUCCAAGAAGACCUUCGAGAUCCCGCACAAGGACACUCCAUUGGAAGUGCUCGAGUCGUGGAGAAAGGCCACGCUUGUGCUCAAUGCCUCGCGGCGCUUUCGCUACACUGCCAAUGUGAAGAAGAGGCGCGACGCCGACGAGAAGAGGCGGAAGUUUAAGACGACCGGGCAAGUCGUGAGGGCCGCGUUUCGAUUCAUCGAUGCUGGGAUCUCCGCUCCCGAUGUUACCACUGUCGAGGACGAGAAAGCAAAGCAGCACGGGUUCCAAGUUUCUCCAAAGCAACUAUCGUCACUGGGUGACAGGAGCGCUCAAGAGUCCACGCUAAAAUCUAUGGGAGGGAUUCACGGAGUGGCCCAGAAGCUACUGGUGAGCCUCGACGAUGGAGUUUCCAAAGACGAGGUCGACAAGAGGAAGGAAGCUUUCGGGUCCAACGUGUACGAGGAGAAGCCGCCGAAAGGAUUCUGGGUGUUCGUGUGGGAGGCCAUGCACGACUUGACGCUGGCAAUUCUCGGCUUUUGCGCUAUCCUCUCGCUGGUGAUCGGUGUGCUCACGGAAGGCUGGAAGGAAGGGUGGUACGAUGGAACCGGUAUUGCGCUCAGCAUUAUUCUCGUGGUUUUCGUCACUGCCGCAAGCGACUACCAGCAGUCUCUCCAGUUCAGGGAUCUCGACAAAGAGAAGAAGAACAUACUUAUACAGGUGACAAGGAACCACAGGCGGCAGAAGGUUUCCAUUUUCGAUCUUGUUGUUGGAGACGUGGUGCAUCUUUCCAUCGGCGAUCAAGUUCCAGCGGACGGGCUGUUUAUCUCCGGGUACUCGCUGGUGAUCGACGAGUCGUCCAUGACCGGGGAGUCUGAACCACAGCAUGUCGGGAAGGAUAAACCGUUUUUGCUUUCGGGGACGAAAGUUCAGGAUGGCUCGGCACUGAUGCUCGUCACGGGUGUUGGAAUGAACACGGAGUGGGGGCACCUGAUGGCUGUGCUGGGUGAAGGUGGUGACGACGAGACUCCUUUACAAGUAAGGCUCAAUGGAGUGGCGACUUUGAUCGGGAAAAUCGGCCUCGGCUUUGCGGUCGUGACUUUCCUCGUCUUGCUCCUGAGGUUUUUGAUCAAGAAGAGGUUCCAGCUGGUUACUCAUGACGCUCUCGAGAUCGUCAACUUCUUCGCCAUCGCCGUGACUAUCAUCGUCGUUGCUGUGCCCGAAGGCCUCCCGCUUGCGGUGACGCUUACUCUGGCGUAUGCGAUGAAGAAGAUGAUGAAGGACAAGGCCCUGGUGAGGCAUCUGUCCGCUUGCGAAACGAUGGGAUCGGCGACUUGCAUAUGCAGCGACAAGACCGGAACUUUAACGACAAACCACAUGACUGUGGUGAAGUCAUGGAUUGGUGGAAGAGUUUGGAGCGAGUCAAGGCCGGAAGUCUGUCCUGAACUUCACGAGCUGGUGCUUGAGAAUUGCUUUCAGAACACAAGUGGAGACGUCUGCGAUGGAGAGGGAGGCAAGCCGGACCUGAUAGGAACACCGACCGAGACUGCGGUUCUAUCGUUUGGUGUCAGCCUGGGAGGUAACUUCAAGAAGGUGAGAAGUCAGUCGAGCAUUCUCAAGGUUGAGCCGUUCAACUCGGCGAAGAAAAGAAUGGGGGUGCUGGUAAAGGACGGCCAUGGGACCAUCCGUGCUCACUGGAAAGGUGCUUCGGAGAUUGUCCUGGGCAUGUGUGACAAGUACCUCGACACCGAAGGCAACGUUUGUCCCAUAGACGAGAAGAAAUACCGCGAGCUCAAGGGAAUUAUCACGACUUUCGCCGACGAGGCUCUGAGGACGCUGUGCAUGGGGUUCCGAGAACUGGAGAGCGAGCCUGCUGAAGAUAAACUUCCCGAUAAUGGCUUCACCUGCAUUGGAAUCGUCGGUAUCAAGGAUCCGGUAAGGCCAGGAGUGAGGGACGCCGUCCAGCUUUGCUUCGCAGCUGGUAUCAAGGUUCGAAUGGUAACGGGUGACAACAUCAACACCGCGGUUGCCAUUGCUCGAGAGUGUGGCAUCCUCACAGACGGUGAAGCGAUUGAAGGGCCCGACUUUCGUCGCCUCAGCACCGAAGAGAUGAGAAAGUUGAUUCCCAGCUUGCAGGUUAUGGCAAGAUCCUCUCCAACUGACAAACACACUCUCGUAAGAGAAUUGCGAGCUCUGGAUGAAGUGGUUUCCGUAACUGGCGAUGGAACCAACGACGCUCCGGCUUUACAUGAAGCAGACGUUGGCUUAGCCAUGGGAAUUUCUGGAACGGAGGUGGCAAAGGAGAGCGCUGAUAUAGUUAUUCUAGACGACAAGUUCAACACUAUAGUGGUGGUAGCAAAAUGGGGCCGCUCGGUCUACACAAACAUCCAAAAGUUUGUGCAGUUCCAGCUUACAGUGAACCUUGUGGCCCUCGUGUUGAAUUUUACAUCUGCUUGCAUCACAGGGACGGCUCCGCUCACUGCUGUGCAGCUGCUGUGGGUGAAUCUGAUCAUGGACACGUUGGGUGCUCUUGCUCUGGCAACCGAGCCACCGACGGAUGAUCUGAUGAAGAGAACACCCGUUGGACGUAAAGGAUCCUUUAUAAGCACCGUCAUGUGGAGGAACAUAGCAGUCCAGGUCGUUUAUCAGCUCGUCGUUCUUAAUGUUCUCCUGUACAAGGGAAAAGACAUUCUCGGCUACGACACCUUGACGCUCAACACCCUCAUCUUCAAUGUUUUCGUGUUCUGCCAGGUAUUCAACGAGCUGAAUGCGAGAGACAUGGAGAAGCUCAACGUUUUCAAGCACACCUUCAACAACAUAACUUUCCUCCUGGUGAUCCUCUUCACGGUGGUUUUCCAGACCAUUCUGGUGGAGUUCCUGGGCAAGCUGGCCGACACCACCCCGCUAAAUGCAAAGCAGUGGGGGAUCAGCGUGCUGCUCGGGGCCAUCGGCGUGCCACUGGCAAUGCUCGGCAAGCUCAUUCCAGUCCCCGCAGAAUCGUCGUGCUUCUCCUCGCAUUCCAGCGACAACGACGAAGAGGACAACGAUGGCUACCAGCCACUGCCGCAGAGCGCAGGACGAAAGCAAGCAAGCUUGUCAAUGGAAUGCAAAGUUUGCCGCUUGAUUAUCCCCAUCGAAUCGAAUCAAAAGCGAAAAGACCUCGGUGUGGUGAUCGAUGCAACAGGAAGAAUUUCGUCCCAUUCGCUCGAAACCAGCCAAUCCAGAUCUAGAUCCAGGAUUGUAGCAAUACUUCACCGAUUUCAACAGGAAAGCCCCACAGUGCUAGAGACAGCCCAGCCUUUCCGUGAAGCUUCCAUCCCUGAAAAAUCUCCCCGCGAGUCUGACUCCGCCCUAAAUUCUAGGUUAAAUUCAAAUUUCAAAUCGACCUGGCAUGUGCGAAUAUUCUCCACCCCGCAGCUGCGCGGAAGCCGGGAUCCUGUCCCGCGCAGCUCGAUAGAAAUGGAGGCGCUGAUCGUGUCGCGAGGGCCGCUGCUCGACGACGAGGCCUUCGCGAUCGAUAUUUCGACGCUGUCAUCCAUCGUGCAGCAAUCCGACGCGCGCCUCCUCCGCGAUCACGGCGGCGUGCUCGGAAUCGCGGGCAAGCUCCACGUCCACGGCAUCGAGCAUGGCAUCGAUCCCUCGGAGCUCGAUGCGCGGCGGCGAGCGUUUGGAUCCAACACCUACAAGGAAUCGCCGCAGAGGAGCGUCCUCUCCUACAUUCUCGACGCCUCACAGGAUCUGACGCUCCUCAUCCUGGUGGUCUGCGCGCUCGUCUCCAUUGCGGUGGGCAUCGCGACGAAGGGAUUCCGCGACGGCUGGUGCGAUGGAGCUGGGAUCCUCGUCUCCGUCGUGCUGGUGAUCACGGUCUCGGCUAGCAGCGAUUACCAGCAGGCUGUCCAGUUCCGGGCUCUCGACAAGGAGAAGGGAAAGGUCUACAUACAGGUCACACGGUCCGCCAAGCGUCGGAGGAUCCUAGCGUCAGAGCUGGUGGUCGGUGACAUUGUCCAUCUCGGCAUUGGCGAUCAGAUCCCGGCGGAUGGCUUGCUGCUCUACGGCCAGUCGCUGCUGGUGGAUGAAUCGUGCAUGACAGGCGAGAGUGAGAUGCGAGCAAAAUCGCCCGAGCAGCCAUUCCUCAUCUCGGGCACCAAGAUUGGCGAUGGAUCGGGGGUGAUGAUCGUCACUGGCGUGGGAAUGAACACCGAAUGGGGGCACAGUAUGUCGAUUCUCAGCGGGGAGGAUUCCGGGCAGUCCGAGACUCCUCUCCAGCACAAGCUCCAGGAUCUGGCGACGCUCAUCGGGAAGAUUGGUCUUGGAUCGGCAGUGGCCAUCUUUGUGAUCCUGGUGACCAAGUACGUGACUUCGAGGAGAGGCGCUUGGUCGAUGCACGACGUGAUGAAGGGCGUCCAGUUCUUGUCCACGGCCGUGACGAUCGUGGUGGUGGCGGUGCCCGAGGGGCUUCCUCUGGCGGUGACGCUGUCCCUGGCAUUCGCGAUGAUGAAGAUGAUGAGCGAGAAGGCACUCGUGAGGCACCUGGCGGCGUGCGAGACGAUGGGGUCCGCGACGUGUAUACUGUGCGACAAGACGGGGACGCUCACGACGAAUCAGAUGACUGUAAUCAAGUCGUGGAUCGGGGACGAGUUACUGGUCGCGGGAAGAACAGAGCGGGUACCGGUGGUGUCAAGAUCUUCUCGAGAGAUGGUCCUGGAAGGGAUCUUCCAGAACACGAGUGGAGAGGUGGUGGUAUGCCCUGGCGAGGCAUAUGAUCCGAAGACCAAGACGGUGGAAGUGAUUGGAACUCCCACCGAGACGGCGCUGCUCCAGUUUGGAUUGGACUUGGCGGGCAAUUGGCAAGGAGUGGUGUCCGAGGUCCGAUCCAGAUCCAGGGUCAUUCGCGUGGAGCCGUUCAACUCGGUGAAGAAGAUGAUGGGAGUUCUGAUAGCCGUUAACGGUGGUGGUGAGCAAUCGGCUCCCUCGUACCGUGUGCAUUGGAAGGGGGCCUCGGAGAUAGUUAUGGGAAUGUGUGACUGGUACCUCGACUCUCAAGGCAGGAAAGUCGCUCUCGAUGACAGCAAAAACUGGGAGCUGAGAGGAAUCAUCAGAAGGUUUGCAGAUGAAGGUCUGCGAACGCUCUGUUUAGCUUACAGAGACUUGGAGAUCGCUCCGCAGGGGGAGGAAGCGCUUCCCCAGCAAGGUUUUGUCUGUGCCGGGAUUGUUGGAAUCAAGGAUCCGGUGAGGCCCGGGGUGGAGGAAGCUGUAAGGAUGUGCAUGUCCGCUGGUAUCCGAGUAAGAAUGGUGACCGGUGAUAACUUAUACACAGCUAUGGCGAUUGCUCGCGAGUGUGGGAUUCUUACGGACGGUGAAGCUGUCGAAGGGCCCGUUUUCAGAAGCUGGACUGGCGAAGAAAUGCGGCGAAGAAUCCCAAAGAUGCAGAUAUUAGCAAGAUCGAGCCCCUCCGACAAGCACAGGCUUGUCAAGGAACUGCAAGCCAUGGGGGAAGUUGUUGGAGUAACAGGAGAUGGAACAAACGAUGCCCCUGCUCUCCGUGAAGCAGACAUUGGGAUUUCCAUGGGAAUAGCUGGAACCGAGGUUGCUAAGGAGAGCUCAGACAUCAUAAUCCUCGACGACAACUUUGCGUCCAUAGUCAAUGUUGCGCUCUGGGGUCGGUCUGUCUACACCAAUAUUCAAAAGUUUGUUCAGUUCCAAGCGACUGUGAAUCUGGUUGCGCUCGCCCUCAACUUUUGGUCCGCCUGCUCCACAGGAGAUGUUCCCCUCACUGUGAUCCAGCUGUUGUGGGUGAAUCUGAUAAUGGACACUCUCGGGGCCCUGGCGCUUGCUACGGAAUCCCCACAUGCGGGAUUAAUGAAGAGGCCACCAGUGCGGAGAAAGGAGAAUUUCAUCAGUCCGGUGAUGGCCAGGAACGUGCUUGCACAGUCUGUGUUCCAGCUUGUCGUGCUCAUUGUACUUCAGUACCGGGGGCUGGAGAUCUUCGGCCUCGUUGACGCGGGCGACCACGAAAAGCUGGUGCUCAACACGAUCAUUUUCAACACCUUCGUCUUCUUCCAGGUUUUUAACGAGUUCAACUCGAGAGAGAUGGACAAGAUCAACGUGUUCCGGCACCUGGACAACCGGUUUUUCCUCGCGAUCGUGACGGCCACGGUUGUGUUCCAGGUGGUUUUGAUCGAGUGGCUGGGCUCCGUGGCGAGCACCACGCCCCUGAGCCCCUGCCAGUGGCUCUUUUGCGUGGGAGUGGCGUCGCUCAGCCUGGUGGUGGACGCUGUGGUAAAAGCGAUCCACAGCUUGUGGAGAAAGUGCUGCCGAUCAAAGUGUAACACGAUUAGCUUCUUCCGCGCCGCGAGCUGCCCGCUCAUCCCGCGAGUGAGCGCUCCAUCGUACCAGACGUUCUUCCGGGCCAAGAGCUACCAUGGCAUACCACGGCGUGACCAAAGCAAUGGCCACAGCAAUGGCCGCCAUCACCACUACUCUGACCAGGUGUGAAGAAAAAAGAAGAGAGAUUAUUAAAUUUUUCCACUCGAAGGCAUGUACAAAUAACUCGAGGGCGAUGAUAUAGUAUUUUCUUGCCUGUAGAAUAAUGACCUUAGUCUAAUCUAAGCUCA